GAGGGCCUGUAUUUAUACGUUCCUACCGUAAAAGAUCUUUCAGAAAGAAUUUCUACUCUGCUUUCCCCGUGCGCCCGCCCGCCCGAGACUCCUAUAAUAUCUCUGUAGUCUGUACGCUACGCUUCUGCCAGCUCCAGUCCACCACUUCUCCGGCCUUGGCCUAAUUGACCGGCCAUCUUUGAGAUGGCAGAUGUUUCUUCAGCGUCCCCUCCCUCGCCGCCGGCUCCUUCCCCUACCCCGUUCGCCGCGGACGAAAUUGCCGCUGCAGACGCGCGUCUGGCGCCUUGGCCGCAAUCCCCGUGGCCGGCACCCCUCCGCCUCGACGACGGCCGUCGCCCGAACCCUCUCUUCACCAUCCUGCCCGUCUCGGCGCUGGCGAUAGGCCUCGUCCUGCUCGUCGCCGUGGCCGUCAUCCUGGUAAUGACCCGCCGGGCCAAGCCCAGGCUGGCCAUGGACGCCACGAGCAGCGUCAACGGCGACGGCAAACCCGGCGCGCCCUCGUCCAGCUGCGGCAGCAGCGUCCUGGGCAACCCCCACAAUGCCAGGUGCUACGCCGCCGCCGCCGCCGGGUGUUUGUACGGCGGCGGGAGGCUGGGCCCGUUGCCGCUGGGGUUAUCGGUGGUGCAGCCGCGGAGGAGCCGGGGUGCGCAGGUGUUCACGUACAGGGAGCUGGAGCGCGCCACGGACGGGUUCAGCGAGGGCAACGUGCUGGGCCGUGGGCCGUGCGGCGUGGUCUACCUCGGCCGGCUCGGCGACGGCACCCCGGCCGCCAUCAAGCGGCUGCAGCUCGACCUCCGGCGCCAGGGCGAGCGCGAGUUCCGCGUCGAGGUGGAUCUCCUGAGCCGGAUGCACUCGCCGAACCUGGUGGGGCUGCUGGGCUACUGCGCCGACCAGAGCCACCGGCUGCUGGUGCUGGAGUUCAUGCCCAACGGCAGCCUCAAGAGCCACCUGCACCCCGGCGACGGCCACCCGCAGCAGGAGCCGCUUAAGACACCGCUGGACUGGCGGACGCGGCUGGGCAUCGCGCUGGACUGCGCCAGAGCGCUGGAGUUCCUGCAUGAGCACAGCUCCCCGGCCGUGAUCCACCGGGACUUCAAAUGCAGCAACGUCCUCCUCGACCACAACUACCGCGCCCGCGUCUCCGACUUCGGCACCGCCAAGGUCGGCUCCAACAAGGCCAACGGCCAGGUUGUCACCCGCGUCCUCGGCACCACCGGCUACCUCGCACCAGAGUACGCGUCGACGGGCAAGCUGACCACCAAGUCGGACGUGUACAGCUACGGGGUCGUGCUCCUGGAGCUGCUGACGGGCCGUGUGCCGGUGGACACGCAGCGGCCUCCCGGACAACACGUCCUGGUCUCAUGGGCUCUUCCACGGCUCACAAACCGCGAGCGGCUGGUGCAGAUGGUGGACCCGGCCCUGAAAGGCCAGUUCAUCGUGAAGGAUCUCGUUCAGGUUGCUGCCAUCGCGGCGAUGUGCAUCCAGACCAAGGCGGAGUACCGGCCGCUGAUGACGGACGUGGUGCAGUCGCUGAUACCCAUCGUGAAGAAGAGCCCCGUCAUGUCUUGCUCCUCCACGCCGGUGAGGCCCGUGCAGCACGUCGUCUACAUGAGCCCGCUGAAGCGGGGAUCAGCUGGCGACAUGUCGUAGAACACGGCCGCUUGGAUUUCCCAGUUGCGCACAUACCAUCCAAGUAACCCACGUGGAGUACGUAAGGCAGACACAUAUGAACCGAAGAGAUUCCUCCAAGAAAAAAAAAAGAACUGAAGAGAUCACAGAUUUUUUAUUUGUUUGCCGAGCUGUGCGGAGCUAAGCUUUGAUGGAGAUGGUACCUUGCUGUACCGACAACCCCAGCACAGCCAGCACCAGGUUCUUCAGGAUUUGCAUAUAUAGCAAGCCAUCUCACUUCACUUGCAGUUGCAGUACGAGCAUCGCGAUUGUGUAUUUAGUCCACAGUACAAUACAUCAUUGUAUAAAUCCUUAUAUCUGUGUACGAAAUUCUUGUAUGAAAUUUAAUGUGAAAAUGGUAAUAAAUUUAAUGUGAGUAGUUACCUUUUCCA